GCCAGUCCGACCGUCUUGAUUGACACAGAGCUCUAGAGAGGAUAAGUAUCUCGUUCUGUCUGCUUUGGAAAUUCAUGGGGUUCUAAAUUUCAUACGGGAACACAGAUCCACCUGGUGGGCCGGUUAAGGUGUUUCUGUCUCCAUGAGUUCCAGAUGAGAAGAAAGUGAGCAGACGUUCUGUGAACACUCAUUUUGUAGGUGCAUGGUUCUCUAUAAAGGACAAAUUUUGUCUUUGCCGUGUGUUUGCCCUGCAAAAUAGGAAUAAUGGCCAUUGCCAAUGCCAGGUCUGGCACAGCCAUGCAACAGGUCCUGGAUAACCUCAAGGAACUGCCUCCUUCAACAGGAGCCAAAGACAUUGACCUCAUCUUCCUCCGUGGCAUAAUGGAAAGCCCUAUAGUCCGUUCCCUUGCGAAGGCUCACGAGCGAUUGGAGGAUGUUAAACUGGAGGCGGUGCGUAGUAAUAACGUGGAGCUAGUGAGUGAGAUUCUAUCUGAUGUGAGCAGUCUGAUCAGCCAUGAUGAGAGCACAGCAGAACUAUGUAAAAUACUGAAGGAACCGCACUUCCAGUCCCUUUUAGAAGCUCACGACAAGGUGGCUUCUAAGUCAUAUGACGCUCCUCCCACCAGCACCACCUGCACCAGCAUGACCAGCUCAUCCUUCAUGCCAGCUGACACUGUCCGCAUGAUCAGCAUCCAGAAGAAGGCCGGAGAGCCCCUGGGUGUAACAUUCCGGGUGGAGGAGGGCGACCUUGUCAUCGCGCGUGUUAUGCAUGGAAGCAUGAUUGACAGGCAAGGGAUGCUUCAUGUUGGUGAUGUCAUCCGGGAGGUGAAUGGACGGGGUGUGGGCAUAGACCCCAUGGCGCUACAGCACAUGCUGAGGGACUGCAAUGGAAGCAUUACUCUUAAAAUCCUGCCCAGCUACAAUGACACGCCUCCACCUGCACAGAUGUAUUUGAAGCCACAUUUCAACUACAACCCUGAAACGGAUAAAUUGAUACCUUGUAAGGAAGCGGGCCUGGCUUUCUCUAAGGGAGACAUUCUGCAUAUAGUGAACAAGGAGGACCCCAACUGGUGGCAGGCUUGUAACAUUAACGGGGGACAUACUGGCCUGAUCCCCAGUCAGUUUCUGGAGGAGAAGAGGAAGGCAUUUGUAAGGAGAGAUUUGGAUGGGUCAGGAAUUCUAUGUGGGACAUUAACUGGAAAAAAGAAGAAAAAGAAAGUGAUGUACUUAACAGCGAAGAAUGCGGAGUUUGAUCGCCAUGAGUUACAGAUCUAUGAGGAAGUAGCAAAGAUGCCUCCAUUCCAGAGAAAAACUCUGGUGUUGAUUGGUGCACAAGGUGUGGGACGUCGAAGUCUCAAGAACCGUCUUAUCAUUUUGAACCCUUUACGCUAUGGAACUACUGUACCUUUCACAUCUCGCCAUCCACGUGAUGAUGAAAAGGACGGCCAGUCGUACUGCUUUGUGUCCAGGGCGGAGAUGGAGGCAGACAUCAAAGCAAGCCGUUACCUGGAGCAUGGAGAAUAUGACGGUAAUCUGUACGGUACCAAUAUGGACUCCAUCCAUGAAGUCGUUCAGACGGCCCGUACCUGCAUCCUGGACGUCAACCCACAGGCCCUGAAGGUGCUUAAGACUUCCGAGUUUACGCCAUUCGUAGUCUUCAUCGCUGCCCCAGAGAUUGAGACACUCCGGGCGAUGCACAAAGCUGUAGUGGAUGCUGGGAUAACAACCAAACUACUGACGGAAACGGACCUAAAGAAGACAGUGGACGAAAGCGCCAAAAUCAAGCGGGUGUACAGUCACUACUUUGAUCUGACUAUAGUUAAUGACAAUCUGGACAAAGCCUUUGAGAAACUUCAGGCAGCUGUGGAGCAGCUGACCAUAGAACCUCAGUGGGUCCCUGUGAACUGGGUUUACUGAGUCACACGGUUUCCAGGGCAACGCAUCACCUCCAUCAUCAGCAGCACUGAUUGGUCAGUGGCACUGGAACUUCCUGUGCUACUGCCACCUGCUGGUCCAGGACUACCAGUCACUAUGCAAACGUACACUAGCCAUCCAGUCAUGACAGACGUAAAGGAAGUGUACUUAUUUAUUAACUUUUUUAUUUUCUACUGAAUAAAGUAGGUAGGUUUAAGAAUGUAACUGGGAGGGAAAAUGUUGACAGAGAUAAAUAGGAUUUGGAUGACUUAAUUCAAAACUAUAAGAAAACUAUUAAUAUCAGCAUAAGCUGCAUUACAGUAAUGAAAGCAGACGGCUGUUUCCUUGCUGUCAUUUUAGUGUUACAAAAGAAGUGGUUUACACUGCAGGUUUCAUCUCAUCCGCUAUUUAUGGGUCUUUAAGAAGCUCACUCAUGUUAUUGAGUCACCAGAGUAUUUCAAAUAUUGUAAGAAACCUUUUGCUUUAGACUUACUGUAUGUAAAUGAUUCAGUAGUGUCAUCCAUUUUAAUCUGGUAAAUUGAAUCAAUGCUAGGAGUAAGCCAACUAAUUUUAAUUUAUCUAAACAUCACAGUUUUAACAUUUACAGUUGCUAAACAUGAUCUCAGUCGUUAUGUUGUUUAAAAACACUGUCAGUAUACAGUCAAUGCUGUAUUUAGCUACAUCCCUUUUACAGAGAGAAAUGACUUUUAAUAGACUGUGUCAUAUCUGUGUCAUUAUUAUAAGCAAAGUAAUCUCUCAAUUUAUAACUUUUUAAACUGUAUGUUGUGAAGAACGUGUCUGUCUCUUUGUCCCCCCGGCUACUCCAUCCACUGUCCUUACCAAGCCUGUGUAAAUACAGUUUUUAUCCAGCUUGCAUAUUCACUUAAAUUGAUAUAUUUUGACAUACCGAGAGUUGUAUUUUCUGAAAUCAAAUAGCUGUCUAAUAAAUGAACCUUAAUUUUG